CAUAUGGUCACACUAAACUAAAUUCCCCGGGUUGUGGUGUUUGCCGAAAACGUUUCUUUAUCUCUCAAAUUAAAGAAUAAACUAGUAUUUCAAUUCUUUUAACAACCAAAAAAAUAGCAAAAUGUCGAAAGCACAUCCUCCGGAAUUGAAGAAGUUCAUGGACAAGAAGCUGUCCCUUAAGCUGAAUGCGGGACGUGCAGUCACCGGGGUGCUCCGAGGGUUUGAUCCCUUCAUGAACCUGGUGCUUGACGAGUCAGUGGAGGAGUCCAAGGAUGGGCAGAGGAACAACAUUGGCAUGGUGGUAAUCAGAGGAAAUAGUAUCAUCAUGCUCGAGUCACUAGACAGAAUAUAGUUAAUGCCUCAUUUGUAACUUUAAGUUAAUUAUAAGUCCACCAAAACAUUCAUUUUGGUUUGUAUUUUUGUUCCAAA